AUGGCGGAACAGGAAUUGGACCUCGUGGGGAAAGUCGAUCUUCGUCUUGCGCUUGCAGAGACGGACGCCGAUUUGGAAAAAGCUGUUUCUUCUUAUCUUCCUCCAUUACUACUUAAACUCGCCAGUACUCAUGGAUCUGUACGCCAGGCGGUGUUUAAGAUUAUCCAGAAUGUGUUUCCAAGAAUUAACGCCGCUCGGGAUUUGAAAUUGCCUGUGGACGCUUUGUUGCUGCAAAUCCAGGCUCCAAACGUCCCAGAGGGCUCAGAUACUAGCCAGGUUAGGCUCUACAGUUUGCUUUUCUUGCUGAAGGGCAUUGAACGUCUUUCGCCUGGUGAAAAACACCAAUUGGCUACGAAGCUUUUGAUCGGGUACCAUAGCUACCCGCCAGCCGUUGCCAGCAGGAUAUUUGCUGCUUUGGUGAAGUGCUUGGAGUCGUAUAAGGCUCCAGCCAGAGAUAGCGACGAGUUCGAACAACGGAGAGAUGAGUUGGGCUUUAAAGUGAGACCUGAAGAUGAAAGAGCUUUAGUGCGUACUAUAACCAAGUUCUUCUUGCUUCUCCCCAAUGCAAAUGCUCCAAUCCAGACUCCAGGUAUGAGUGUUCAAGAUCUGGCUCUGUUCACCAAAGACGCUGGUGUUAGCUAUAAGUCGCUUGGGGAGAUCCAACUGGCGAAGUUGCGUGUUCUAGAAUUUAUCAGCGCCGGCUUCGAAGAGAGCUUGCUUGUCUUACCGCUUCUAAUUGCAUCUGCUGAUUCACUGUCUUCCAUUAACAACAAGGCCGAGCUUUGGUUCAAAAAAUUGCCUGUUGACUUAGAAGACAAGUACUUGAUUAAUGAUAUGAUCGAGCUUUUCCUUGGGAAACUGCAACCGUUGACUCCGCCUGUGGCUCCAACACUUCAGGAAAAGAUCUUAUCUUUGCUAUGCAAGUCAAAGGUCGCCAUGACACACGAAAAGACAAAAGAUGUUUCUCAAUUGGCACUCAAUUCUGAUUACAGUAAACUUCGGCAGACUGCCGUUUCCUUCAUCCGGAAGGUAACAAAGGCUGCUAGUGAUGCAUCACCUUUUGGAUCGACCCUGUCUCAAGAUGAAUUCAACAAGUCAAUCUUAUCCAGACUUAAAGAGGGUAUUAUGAGUGAAGGAUGGCCUGAAAUGGACACUACACAAAUUUCCAACUACAGAGCAGCGGUAAACCUGCGUCUGCUUCAGUACGAAGCUAUUGGCGAUAUAUUGCGCCAUUCGCCAUCCCUCUGGAACUCAGACUUGGAAUAUAUUAGGUUCCUUUUUGACUCAUUGGAAGGCGAAAGCACUGAACUACGUCCUGUGGUCCAGGAAGUGCUAUCAGGUCUCGAGCCUCACCUUUUACUCUUGUCAAGUGACUGUAAGGUGGAGUUAAAACGUAUUUUGAGGAAAUACUUGGAGUUUUCCAGCGCUUCGAACAACUUGGGAGCUUGCCGCUACUUGGCAAUGAAGUUCUCUAACUCUGCCUUCUCAUUCCAGGACGCAGAAGCACGCUACCUUUGUUUCCUAGGAACUGCCAAGUCAAACAAUUCAGAGACUAUAGAAGAAGCCAACAAGGGCUUACAUCCAUACUACUUCAACCUCCUUCAAGAAUCUAACAAGCUUAGCUUUCAAUCGUCAGCAGAAUUUCUAGGCACCAAUUCAUCCGUGAGAUUUCCAUUAUUUAGCGAUCUUGUCCAAGUUCUCAAAAACGGAUUAUCACAAGCCGAAGAGGACUCGGUACUUUUCCAGUCUUUGGGAACUGCCGUGAGGUUUUUACUUCGUGCAUUGGUUAUGGAAGUGAUCGAGGAUAAGUCAACGGUAAUUGUUGUUGAUGAAGAUUGGGACGCAAGAGUCGAUAAAGCCUUAGAGAUCGAUGAAACAGUCAAAUCCUUGAUGGUCGAAGGUAUUUCUGACGCUCGAAAACAAGAUAGUAUAUUCGACUUCUUCACCAUUGUCUUUGAUGCCCUUUACAAUCUGCAUUUCGGUGGUGCUAACUAUGUUGCUGACACAGGCUUCAGUACCGUGCUGGCUUUGCUAGUUUCCCUCUCGCCUGCCCAAGUGAUUGCGAAAUUGAAGCAAUUCAUCCCAAGACUACUUUCCUUAAUCGAGGAGAAGGUUUUGGCAGAGAGGACUCUUCGCGAGAUUUGUAAGACCCUUGGUGUCAUAGUCACAAAUCAAGAAGUAACUGACAGAGACUUGGAGACGAUCUUGAACAAGCUUACUGAUCCAGAGACAGCCAGCAACAAUGCCAGCAAGCUUACUGGCCGUCUUCUAGCUCCAGCUUACAUCAUUUCUAGAAUUGUGCUCGCUAACCGUGAGAAUAUCUUGAGUGCUGAAGGUGUUAAGACCUUCGUGAAGAGCCUUCGUGAAGCCAUAAAAGAAUCUCGCUAUUAUGAUACUGUUCUCGAAUCUUUAGGACAAUUGGCAGUUUUUGGUGUUUUUGGACCGCAACUAGAACUCUAUGAUGGAGUCAAGGAAGAUGUCGUUGCCUUGCAAGAGCCAGUCCAAGCUAAGGCAAAAACGUGCCAUGAACUCUCUGUUCUCGCAUUACUGAAGCUCCAACUUGCUAUUGGAUCAACCUACGAACAUAAGGGGCAGGAAGAGCUUACUACCGUUGAAAAGAUCGUUUACGAUACUCAUACUUCUAAACAGCUCGACUAUACAUUGGCCAGUGGUGAAGCGUUCCUGAUUCUUGCUGGAGGUUGGAAGUCGAAGAUUCUUCAACAAGAGGUAGAUGUUCAGGGAUCAACGCUCUCUCAUAUUCCGCAUUCCACAGAACGUUUGCCUGUCAUCUUAAAACAUGUUCUUCAGGCUUGUUCGAACACGAAGCCAGCGCUCAGAAGGGCCGGUUGUAUUUGGCUUCUAUCCCUUGUACAAUAUCUUAGUGGGGAGAAGGAAAUAGCUGAGAAUGCUUCGCGUAUCCAUGUGGCCUUUAUGCGUUUCCUUGCUGAUAGAGACGAACUUGUUCAAGAGCUGGCCUCUCGAGGUUUGAGUAUCAUCUACGAACUUGGCGAUGCUGACCUUAAGGAGACCUUAGUGAAGGGUCUUUUCAAGUCGUUCACCGACUCGGAGACAACUAACAAUCUCACCGCUGGAACGGUGGAUUUGGAGACCCAAUUGUUUGAUCCAGAUGUGUUGAAAACCCACGAUGGGUCUGUUUCGACUUAUAAGGAUGUUCUCAAUUUAGCCCAAGAUGUCGGUGAUCCCGGUUUGGUCUACAAGUUUAUGUCAUUGGCAAAGUCCAAUGCUUUGUGGUCAUCAAGAAGAGGAAUGGCUUUUGGGUUAGGAUCCAUCAUGGCUAAAUCAAGCUUGGACGACAUGCUUCUCAGUAACAAGAACCUUAGCAACAGAUUAAUCCCUAAGCUUUACAGGUAUAGAUUUGAUCCUAAUGUUGCAGUGUCAAAAUCGAUGAACGAUAUCUGGACGGCUCUUAUUAAGGAUGGACCGAAGACUAUACGGACGCACUUCGAUAUUAUCUUGAAUGAAAUCCUCAAGACCAUGGGCUCCAAGGAAUGGCGUGUUCGUCAGGCCAGUGCAGCUGCUCUUGGAAACUUGCUACAGACUCAGCCUUUAGAGCAGUACGAAUCCAGGCUUGAAGAAAUUUGGAGCAUGAGUUUCCGUGCUAUGGAUGACAUCAAGGAGAGUGUUCGUAAGGAGGGCGCUCAAUUGUGUCGUAUGUUGGCCAGAACUCUUUCAAGACUUGCAGAUGUGAGUACAGGUAACGUCACAGUUGCUAAGGCGACCGAAGUGUUGAAUUAUCUUAUUCCAUUUUUCUUGGGUACGAAAGGAUUGCAUAGUGAUGCUGAAGACGUCAGAGACUUUGCACUUGAAACCAUCUUAAACCUUUGCAAGGUUGGUGGGAAAGCGGUGAGACCACAUGUACCUAAGCUCUUGGAGACUUUUAUCGAAUUGAUGUCAACCCUCGAGCCUGAAGUUGUCAAUUAUCUUAUGUUGAAUGCUGAGAAGUACAACUUGAGAACCAACGAUGUGGAUGCCAAAAGACUUCAAAGUCUUAGUCAUUCGCCAAUGAUGGAUGCAAUUGAGAAGAUCCUUGCUAUCGCAGACGAGGAGUUGAUGCCACAAAUUGUCAACUCGAUUCGUAAGUCGGUAAAGAAAUCGGUGGGGCUUCCAUCAAAGGUUUGUGGCAGCAGAGUCAUUGUCAACCUCAUCACCAAAAACUACAUGAAUGCAAAGCCAUACGGUGAUAAGCUUCUUGAGAUUUGUAUUUCGCAAUUGAAUGAUCGAAAUGCUACUGUUGCUUCGUCGUACGCUGCUGCUGCCGGAUAUGCGUCCAAGAUUGCAAGCCUCGACGCGGUAUUGAAUUACAGUGAGUUGAUCUCAAAGACUUACCUUGAGGCUGAGGAUGAAGCUCCAAGAAGACUCGCAGGAAUUGCCUCAGAAAGUGUCAGCAGAUAUAGUGGACUGGAUAGGUUUGAAGCAGUUGCAACAGCGUUCCUCCCCUUGGUUUACAUUGCCAAACAUGAUGAAUCAGAGGAGGUCAAGGAGAUCUUUGAACGUGAGUGGAUAGAGAGUUCAGGAGGAAGAAGCGCAGCCAAGCUUUACUUUGAUGAAAUUCUCAAGAUCAGCGAAACAUACGGCAAGCUGAACAACUAUUAUGUUCGCCAGGUCAUUGCAAGAGCUAUUGCAGAUGUCUGUAAGACCGUUGAGAUUGAUUCUGAUAAGCAGUUACAGACUCUCUUUACUUUGCUUUUGGAGUUCUGCAAGGGUAAGUCUUGGUCAGGUAAAGAAUUGGUGUUUGAGGCAUUGGUCGAUUUUAGUGUUCUAAAGUCAGAUUAUGUCAGGAAGAACGAAGACUUACUUGAACAACUUUACAAGACGGUUCAAGUUGAGGGUAAAAGAAGAAACAAAGUCUACCAAGUCAAAGCCAUUCUUAGUGUUGGCAAGUUUAUCCACGAGUUCCCAGAGAACUUAGAUUUGGUCGAAACUUACGUUGAAGUCAUGGCUGACGUUCUCACAGAAGAUUAUCUAGAGGAGAUUGAUCUCGCAGAACAUCAGUCAACUAAGAAGUUGAACAAGAGCCAGGAAGAUAUCAUCUUUGAAGAGUUCAACUUGGAUAUCUUGAAGAAUAUAUUCCAGUCUGUGUCUCCCAAACAGCUUCACAAGGACCUUCUCCAAUUUGCAUUCGAAUCGUCAGCCAAGUUCAAGAACUCAAGCCAUGAACAGUCAUGGAGAACUUGUACAGGGUUCAACGAGAACUUCAAGUUUCUUUUGGAAGGUUUGGCUAAUGAGAAAACAUCACUUGGUUCGUCAGAACUAGAUUUGUUGACCAAGGCCUUUAAGAUGCUAUUUGAGUUUGGCGAUAAGGGAAUGUUAGAGAAGAACCUUAUUAUGUUGGCUAGGAACUCGAAAACGUUCUUUAAAGUAUUAGAACAGAACGGCGCCGUCAAUCAAGCUUCAUAUGUCGUGGACAAUUUGAAGAAGAUACAGCAAGAAUCGAUUUCCACGAUAACAGCGAACGAGGUGUCCAGCGCCAUUGAAGCAUUUAAUUAA